AUGGCGCAGCGAAGCCCCGCCCCUGUCUCCCGGGCGGCCUGGAGCCAGGCGGGCCUCGGGCCCCGGCGGGACGGGCCCGGGCUCAAGCGAGGGGAAGCCGGCCUCGGCGCGGCGGCUGCCCCCGGUGUGCCCCGUCGGGGCGCGCACUCCUUGCAGCUCUUCACGGCGUCCGCUCCCCUCACCCCGGCCCCCGCCCCGCCUCGCCUCGGGGCAGCCGCCUGGACGCGUCAGGCCGGAGGGGGCGGUCUUACGCUGGCGUCGUUUCCGGGAGGCGGAGCUCAGACCCCCGUUUCCUUUCUCCGCGGCCAGGUCGCGCUCGCACGGCGGUCGACCGCCCUGCUCUGGAGACCCCCGUCCGCGCCGUGGGUGGCGGCGGGCCUGGUCCUCGGCGCCGGCGCCUGCUACUGCGUUUACAGGCUCACGCGGGGCCGGCGGCAAGGCGGCGGCGGGCAUCGCCUGCGCCCCUCGCGGUCCGCAGAAGACUUAACCAAUGGCUCACAUGAUGAUGUCCUAAAUGCUGAGCAACUUCGGAAGCUCCUCUACCUGCUUGAGUCAACUGAGGAUCCUGUAGUUAUUGAAAGAGCUUUGGUCACUCUGGGUAACAGUGCAGCCUUUUCAGCUAACCAGGUCAUUAUUCGUGAAUUGGGUGGUAUUCCAAUUGUUGGAAGCAAAAUCAACAAUCCCAACCACAGUAUUAAAGAGAAAGCUUUAAAUGCUCUGAAUAACCUGAGUGUGAAUGUUGAAAAUCAAAUCAAGAUAAAGAUAUACAUCAAUCAAGUCUGUGAGGAUGUCUUUGCUGGUCCCCUGAACUCUGCUAUGCAGCUGGCCGGACUGAGGUUGUUAACAAACAUGACAGUCACCAAUGACCACCAGCACAUGCUUAACAAUUACAUCACAGACCUGUUCCACGUGUUGCUCACAGGAAACGGAAGCACAAAGGUUCAAGUUUUGAAACUGCUUUUGAAUUUGUCUGAAAAUCCCGCCAUGGCAGAAGGACUACUUGGUGCCCAAGUGGAUUCAUCAUUCCUUUCCCUUUAUGACAGCCACGUGGCAAAGGAGAUUCUUCUUCGAGUUCUUACAUUAUUUCAGAAUAUAAAUAACUGCCUCGAAAAGGAAGGCCACUUAGCUGUUCAGCCUACUUUCACUAAAGGUUCACUGUUUUUCCUGUUAUAUGGAGAAGAAUGUGCCCAGAAAAUGAGAGCUUUACUGUAUCACCAUGAUGCAGACGUGAAGGAAAAGGUAACAAUAAUCCCCAAAUCCUAAGUGGUUGGUCAUAUUUUUCCUAAGAGUGACACAGUCCAGACGUAAUGCACAUAAAACUUAUUUUUCAACUUCCUUACAAAGGGAUUCUUUCAGCUGCCAAGUGUAAACAGUAAAUGUCAUGUUUCAUAAUUAACACAGCUCUAACUUGCCAUCAUGGUCUUUUGGUUUAUUUUAGACCAUUUUAUUGAUACUAAAUGAAUAUGAGCUUGUUCUGAAACUUUUUUUUUU